AUGGCAACCAACAUCACAUGGCACGAGGGCCUCGGCCGCAAGGAGCGCAGUGAGCUUCGCAAGCAACAGGGUGCCACGAUCUGGUUCACUGGUCUAUCUGCGUCUGGAAAGUCUACCAUUGCGACGGCUCUUGAGCAACAUUUGCUUCACCUGGGUCUGGCAACUUACAGACUCGACGGCGAUAAUGUCCGAUUUGGUCUGAACAAGGAUCUGGGCUUUUCGCCAAAGGAUCGCGAGGAGAACAUUCGCCGUAUCGCAGAGGUUGCCAAGCUCUUCKCCGACUCGACCACCAUCGCUCUGACUUCYUUCAUCUCUCCAUAUAAGGCUGACCGCCAGCUUGCCCGCGAUCUCCAUGCCGACACCAAGAACGUCGACUCUCCACUCCCAUUCAUCGAGGUCUUUGUUGACAUUCCUAUUGAGGAGGCUGAGAAGCGCGAUCCCAAGGGCCUGUAUAAGAAGGCGAGAGCAGGCGAAAUCAAAGAGUUCACUGGCAUUAGCGCACCAUACGAGGCACCAGAUAACGCAGAAAUCCACAUUCACUCGGAGAAGACGAGUGUUGAGGAGGCUGUGCUUAUCAUCACCAAGUACCUGCAGGAGCACGGAGUGAUCAAGGCUUGA